AUCUCCAUUUGUGACCUUCGCCCGCUCAGAGGGCUUGGGGACAUGGAAGAUAGGGAGUCGAGCACUGCGUCUUCCAUCGACUUCUACGAUUCCGAGAAGAAGCCGGACAAUCAUUUGGAGUCUGUUCCAAGUGAUGCCGGCGCUGUGGAGCGCAAAGCUGACGAUAUCUUGUCUGUCGAGGAGAAGAAGCGGAGGCUUGCUUCUUCAUCUCCCUCCACCCCAUGCAACUUGAAGCCAUGUGCUGGCCUUCCGCCAGAAGUGUGGCAGCAUAUCUUUCUCUUUUGUUCUCUUCAUGACCUUGGUCGAUUGCUCCAAGUCAAUCGAUCCUUUCAUUCUUAUCUCACAGACGUAUCCAGCGUCUCAUUUUCUGACCCAAACCCUGGGUCUUUGCAUCUCUUAAAGUCGUCCGAGUCCAUUUGGGCUUUUGUUCGCAAUACACUGCCUGUCAAACCUCCAAAACCUCCUCGAGGUUUCUCCGAGUUGCAGGUGUGGCAGCUUGUUUGGUCUAAACGAUGCCAAUUUUGUCGGAGACUGAGCUCUUUCAUUCCAGGAGACAAGAUUUGGCAGAAGGGACCCAGCACAUGUGGUGUCCGCACCAUAUGGCCCUUUGGGAUCAAGUCUUGUGGGCCGUGUUUGAUGGAUCAAAGCCAAACCGACGCCAGCCUUCUCUUCUCUUCCGCCUCGGCCCUACGCCCUGCCCUCCCGUUUGCCUUGAUAACAAGCGAUCAUCACUAUGUCCCUGCGUAUACUUUGCAAGCCGCUACCACCCCUCCUGGCCUCGAGAUAUCCAAAUUUUACUACAAAAAACACGUGGAGGACAUCGAAAAGGAGCUGAAAGAUGCGCUCAGCCUGGGGAGUGGGGCCGCUGAGGAAUGGUCCAAGGGACUGGAAGCUCGUGGGAUUGAAUGCAUGAGGGUAGUGGAGCAAUGGGAGCGCUGGGAAGUCAAAUACCAGUGGUGGACGACUCAUCAUGGCCCGAAACAAGCGACCUCGGCAGCAUUGGAUCUUUCUUCCACUGCAUCGACACUACCGGAGAAACCCAAGUCGCCAGCGCGCCAACCAUCAUCUCCUGUAAUACAUUCACCGGUCCCAACGGCCACACCCUCGAGGUUCGUACAGUCGCGGCCCCCAACCAUCCCUCAUCAGUACACACCUCAGCCAGGACCAACCAGCGGUGGCCAAUCCAUGCGGGGGAAUCUUCAUGAGGCGAACGAAGCCAAAGCAAAUCGCAAGGCGGAUAUAGAGCGAAGAUGCCAAGAUAUCAACCCACCGAUCCCACCAAAUGUACUGCGCCACAUGGAUUCUUUCAAGGCAGCUUUGCAGAUCUCCCAGCCAAUGACCGAGCAUGCAUGGAGCGUACUUGAACCCCGUCUUCUUGCCCAACUGCCUGCUGCCCAACAAGCCGAGGCAGACCACGUGGCACGCGCUGCUUCAGUAUCGAAAUUGCCCGAACGCCGUCCUCCAGAAGUCAACUCUAAAGAAGCCAAGGAAGUCAUGGAUCGUGAAUGGGAUGAAACGCAACAACCGGUGCGCGAAAAGUUGAGUGUAACCGCCGAUGAAUACAUUAAUCGGACCUGGGACCAAGGACGAACAGUAACCUAUGAAAAUAGCCCCAAGUUCGCCGUUGACUUGUUGGUAUAUGUGCGUCUCAAAUACUAUAGUGAUGCGGAGAAAGCAGUGCCUGCGAGUACCUGGGACACCAAGUUUACCCCGGAGAACAUCAAUGCGAGCUCUAGGCCCAAAUUGGUUUUGGAGAACAUGAAAUGGGUAUAUGACAACAAAGUCAAGCCUCUAACAGAACAGUAUCGCAAAGAAAUCUUCCUGUGUUAUCGCUGCGAGAGCAAUUACAAGUAUUAUGGAUUUGAAGGCGUUAUUCAACACUAUGGAGCCAAGCACACUAAUGCAUUCAGCGUUGGCAAUGUUGUUGUCGCAUGGAGAGAAGCCGAAUGGCCUGCAGAAACACCUUUUCAUCCAGAUCCCAUAUCUGUGAAGCAUGCUUACCACGCUACCCCCAAUCCAUCAAGCCACGCUGGUUAUGGUGCAUAUUAUGGUGGGUACUCCCGCGCAGGCACUUCAACUCCACAUACGCAGGCCCAUCUUCCACAGGUCAGCCCAGGUCCAUAUCAUUAUGCUGGCCAUUACAACGGACCUUUUGCCCCACCACAGAUUCGUUCUUCUGUGACACCGGGUUACGACUACAACAAUCAGGCGUACGGCGUACCGAUGGAUAGUUACCAGUACCAAUCCAUGGCACCACCAACAGGUUACGGCCCUCCUGGAAACGGAUAUUUGGCGUCCUCUUCCAUGCCCAUUCCGACAAUGACAGGAUCGCUUCCAGCCAACCAUCGCCAGGAUGAUAUACUUCACAGGCCAGAGGAAAGUGAUCAUCGUACAGGUCUCUACGAUAAACAAGUGAGUACUAUUAUCAGCGAGGCCCAAGACAUCUGGAAACAGAUGUCUGGGAUCAAAGGUCUACCCAACAGUCUUCGCAUAUACGUUGUGUUACAAGGUGUCAUCUCGAAAUUUCAUCUCGAGUUCAAUCAUGAACCUGACUUGAACCAUUUCAUUGAUGCUUUUUCUAAUAACGAGACUCCCCGGGCUUUGAGAUAUGCACCAGGACUCUCCUGCAAAACGUGCCAAGAGGAUUCAUCUCAUCAUCAUCAUCCGACCCAAGAAGAGAGACGAACGUAUACAGCAUUGAGCAUGUUCUCUCAUUUUAGAUCUCAUCACUCGAAUGGCCAAUUUUCCUCUUAUGCUAGUGGCCAGGCAAGAAACACCUUGGAUUGGAAGGAAGAUAUGAUAGAGCUACCUAGUGAUCGAUUCAUCUCUGGUUUAAUACACGCACCAGGAAUGGAUGACGAAAAGCUCCGCAUGAUUGCCACUGUCUUCCCGGCGCUUUUUCCAACCCCGCUGCCAAAGAUUGGGAGUGUAGAUGGGCACACUGUUGCUCUACCCGAAAAAAUGGCAUCCAAGGAACCAAAAUCCAGCUUGAAAGGAGAGGCAUCUGGAAUACCAUCUGAGAGCUCCGGUCCAUCAUCUUUGGCUUCACCUUAUACAGGGUCACCACGAACCGGUAAACCUACUCCGAAUGAAUAUGAUCCACAGCAGCCCGCGUUAUCAGGCCUUGGGCACCAGGUAGCUGCGCAAACUAACAGAAGAGGUUCAUAUUGGGGUAGUUCCCCACCCAUGGAAAGAAAGUCCCGAUCCUAUGCGGACCAGUCAUAUUAUCUACCGAGGGAUCCUCUGAGCCGCGAGAUUCUGCAUCCGGGAGAGAUACCCGAAUUUCAGUCGAACCAGAGAAGGUAUCGUGAGACUAGGCCGUAUCAUGAGGACUUUCAUGAACGUCAAUCCUUAUAUAGGGGCCACGACGAAGCCUUUUACCGUCCAGGGGAGGACCAUGGACUUACAUAUCCACGCAAUGGACUGCACGCUUCGGACUAUAGGCCAUCAUCCCGCCAAUUCCGCCACCCAGAAGCAGCCCGGUACUCAGUCUCUGAUGCUCGAUAUGUGGGGGAGUCAAGAGGACAAAACAUCAAUCUCUCAGAGGAGAAGCUGGCUGCAGACCAGGUACUAGAGGAUUUCGUCCCUAGUAGACCAUCUACCAAUGAGCAAUUAGAUGUGAGAGAUAAGCCUUUAUUGGAACCGGAUCUCGAUGACGGAUCACGAUAUUCACCACCACCUGUCAACACAGCCAACGCAGGAGGAGUCACGGAUCAACAUCGUCUCAGUGAUACAGCCCAGCCUCCUCCACCUUCGACUGUAUCUAAUGGCUCGAGGUAUGAGGAAGGCCGCCCAGCCCGGCGCCCUAUACUUACUCCAGAUUCGGCACGUGGGUCGCGGAGACCUGGGCCACAGAGACCAAGGGAUAGGCAACAUGGCGGCGCUCCUUCAAGGUACUAUAGAUAUAUGAGCGUUGCGCGGGAUGAACCAUAUUCCCGAGGUGCCAGCAUUAGCCGUUCUCAAAGCAAGCGGUAUGAAGAACAGCGGCGACGCAUUGAUGAACAAGAGACACCGCAGCCAACCGCAGAUCGGGAGCAGCCGUAUUCCCGAGAUCAUAGCGUAGAACGAGCACCGACGGAUGAUAAUACGUUCCACGGGCGUCCUGUCCCUCGAGAAUACGUCUCCGUGCAAGAUCGCCCUUAUCCACUUCCUUCGCCUCGUUACCGUUACAGCAGAUAUUCUGAAGAGUCUCGGGGACCAGCCCCCGUUUUCGUCGAUGAUCAUGGCUAUCCUUUCCAAGAGUAUGAGAUUGUGCGGAUCCCCCGAGAGCCCCAACCAGCACGUGGUUCGUAUGCUCCGCAUUCUCCUACUCGAUAUAUGGAGCACGAACCAGAAGACGUUCGAUAUAUUCCUGUCUCCUACGACCCCCCAUAUUCCCAUCGGUACGAUGGUGGUACCCAACGUGUCUACUACGACGAAAGAGAACGGCAUCCUGGUACGCGACGGCCGACAUAUACAUCGGAAACUGCGUAUGAGCCAGCUUUACCAGAAAUCAAAGUGGAGGCUAUCGCGCCCGUCACCGAGGCGCCCUGA